AUGAUUCUUACUGAUGGCCCAUGCUCUUUCCGUACAAGCACCAUGACAACAGAUAUUAAUACAGUACGGCCAGUUACAAAGAAUGCAGCCAGGAUGAGUGGCAAUAAUGAGAGGAGGAUGAGAAAUCCUCACUACCAAAUGACAAGACCUCCUACAACUGCUGAUUAUCAACUUGCAACAAGUACAACUGGGACUUUAGGAUUUUCCCCCCUGCAAAGGUUGCCGACCAAUGCAGAGUUCCAGCUGUCCACCAAAAGCACAACAAACAGCUUUACAAAUACUAGCCGAGUGAAUCCUAAUUCACUCCAAGUCACAUCUCCAAGAAGAUGCCAUGAAUGUGAUAUCUGGAAGAAAAUGAUCACCGAUACAGUGAGUAAGUUGGCAGCUAAAGAGGCUGACUGUGAGGUGCAUGUCAACCGCAUACAACAAUUGGAACAACAACUAAAAGAAUCUGUGAAUCAAGUAUCAACGCUAAAUGAUGCUCUUCACUCUCGGUCUGGUGAUUGCCAACAAUACCUACAGCGGAUCAAACAAUUGGAACAGCAGAUUUUGCAAAUAAUGCAACAACAAAUACCUCAACAACAACCACCAUCACAGCAGCAACAGUUACAAAGGCAAACUGUAGCUGAUAUUAACACACCCCAAUCAUCAGAUCCCCCUCGUUGUGGUUCUCCAAUAACAUAUGAGUUUGGGAGACCACGAGCAGGUUUUGGACUUAGCAAAACUGUGGUUGAAAAAUAUAAGAUGAUUGACAUUGGUCAAGGUUUAUAUGUUCAUCCUGAUGAUUUGGCUGUUGUACUGAGCAAAGCAGAUGGACAGAAAAUGGUACGAAAACUGAUGAACAUUGUAUUUAAAAAGGAGGACCUUGAACAGGGAGCAACAUUGUCUCCUACAGGCAAAGGCAAAUUGCUUGAUCAAAGAACAGUAGAUGUCAUGUUAGCGUGGGUAUUGAUGAAUCAGUCAACAAUGUGGAGCCGUGGAAGUCUCAGACAAGCAAUUAACCGAAAACUCACAAGUUAUCGCUGUAGAAGCUUGAAGAAGAAGCUUGAAGCAAGUUAA